AUGGGUUCGAAAUGUUGGUUCGUCCUCUCACAGACGCACUAUCCCCCACCGGAUAUCCCCAAGAACGGAAUCGGCCCUUCACGAGGCCCGAUUUGUCUAGGACACCUGAUAACUGACCUCCGACAUCUCGACAAUGUCAUCAACCGGGACGCGCCGCUCGACAUCCCGCCGAACAUGCCAAUCCAUUCGAGCAAGAGGUGGGGACUAAACUGGCAGAUACACACUGGCCGCGGUGCAGAGGUUUCCGCGACAGCCGGUGCGCCCAUCGCUGCGGCUGCCGGGGUGACGAUUAAGCAGGAUGCCGGGCUUGCUUUCGAGAUGAGUGUCAGCAAACACUGGGAAUUCGAGGCUCUCGAGACGUUCAUUGUUCAACCAACCAAUAAUUUCGUCGAGGAAAGCGUCGGUACAACCGAAGUUCUCGGCCAUCUCAAGAAGCAAGGUCGGCUGAAGACGUCGACGCUGUUCAUGAUUACAGGGAUUGCCAUAGCGCGAGGCGCCUCUAUCGGGGUUUCUCAAACUGCAACUAAGAAGAUAGUUGGGGGGCCAGGGAUUGAGGCUCCACUUGGAAUCGCUGAAGUAGGCUUUCAAGUUGGCUGCUCGAAGGACAACGCCAUCCUAUCGUCGACACACAGAUCGACCGACUUCAUAUGGGCAGUUCGCUUAGCGAAAAUAUCCAAAGGUUUUAUUGAUCGGAAGUGGUCAUUUGAAACACUUUCACGUGGCGCAACAUUUGGAAGACGGGACGGCGGAGCGGACAUUGGUGAUGAGGUCACCCAAGCAUUGCGAGACGAAGGGCUUGACAUGCGCCCAUGCCCCGUGAACAUUAACGACGACGUUUUUGUUCUGAACCAUGAUGACCUGCCAACGUCCAGUGAUUGA